GGUGUAAAGAAUGUAAAGUAUCAGAAACAGUAAAACACGUUUUUUGAAGGUACUAAAUAUAAUAUAGAAAGACUGACUAUGACGGCAAAACUGAGGGUACUGGGACCUGUGGAUGGGACUAUGAAGAGCCUGAUACAUCUUGCCGACACUGAAAAUGGAAGGGAAAUAGUAUGGGAGAUUUUGAAUAAUACUGGACUCAAGGAGACUAAAAUGUAAUUAUAAAAUGAAACUGAAGACAGCAGUAAUGCAACACAGAUGGAUGCCAGCUGCCGUAAACUGAAGAAGAAGAAGAAGAUGAUGAUGAUGACUUCCGUGUUGUUAAACAUGUCACGAACUAAUUGGCUAAAACAAGCAAUGACGUAUUCCCUUCCGUGGUUUGCGCUAUAUUGCGGUCCAUCCUAUUCCAACCAUCAUAACAAAACAGAGUGACAAAGAUGGAGAUCAGUCGGGUACUUAUUGUCAAAUCAAUGGUGUUUUUUCUGACAUGGUCACACUAUGAGGGAAUAGAGUCGGCGUUUAAAGAUGUCACCUGCGGGUCACUGGUCAAGCUCCUCAACACCAGACACAACGUCCGUCUACAUUCCCACGAUGUCAAAUACGGCUCAGGGAGCGGGCAGCAGUCUGUAACUGGAGUGGAAAGCGCAGAUGAUGGCAACGGUUAUUGGCAAAUAAGAGGAAAGCCCGAUCACCUUUGCCAGCGUGGGACAGCAAUUAAAUGUGGUCAAGCAAUACGCUUUACACACAUGAAGACUGGUCGCAACCUUCAUACGCAUCACUUCAGCUCACCAUUGUCUAAUAAUCAGGAAGUCAGUGCAUUUGGGGAGAAUGGUGAGGGCGAUGACCUGGACGUUUGGACAGUGCAGUGUGAUGGCACAUACUGGGAGCGCAAUGAUGUUGUGCGAUUCAAACACAUGGGUACCAAUGUUUUCUUGAGUGUGACGGGGGAGCAGUAUGGCCACCCCAUACGUGGCCAACGGGAAGUACAUGGCAUGACCUCACCCAGCCAUCAUAACUGGUGGCAAGUAAUGGAGGGUGUCUUCAUCCAGCCAAGCCAGGAUCUACUACGUCACGAUGAACUCUGAAAUCUGAACUUGGUCAUAGUGAUGGGGAAAUCCAAAAUUAAUGCAGUUUGUGAAGAACAAACUCAAAUGUCAAUUACUUGGCAACAACUUCAAUGUUCUUCACUCAGUUUUCUGUAAUAGAUCUGCAUCUUGUUAUAUCUUUUCUGUAAGGUGAAAUAUAUUUAUGCGUUGGGUUGGUAAAUUAACCUUAUUUCCCAUUUUGGACCAUUUUUUUGCUUCCAACUUUGUGAGAAAAGUGAGGAGACUUCGCCUGGAGUGCACAAUAGCAAAUUCCACUGCAAAAUACAGGCUGAAAGAACUUUAUAUAAAACUGUAAAAAUGUUUAAAAACAUUACUGGAUGACAUUUUGACAAUAAAAUUGCAUUUGGGUCUAAAUAUUGGGAUCUUUUAAAGCAAAUUUAAAGGGGCUGUUUGAAACAUAUUAUACAGAUAUCAAGAGGGCACCAACUUUCCAAUUUAUUUUACACAGUAUAUCUCGCCCUCUUACGGCUUCUCUUACGUAACAACGUAACACAUGCACGCGCAUUAGUUUAAGUGUUGUUAGCUAAUAAUAGCCAUUUGGAUAGCUAGCGUGAGCUGCCAUUGCAUGUAUCAUAAGAACACCUGACUUCAAAUUGUUUGUUGGUUCUUUUGGGCUGCUUUUGUAUGUGUGCACACGCUCCCUGCAAGUUGAGGAGACUGGGUGGGUGACAGCCAUUAACACCAAUCGUUUUAUUGGGGCUGGUAAAAAAUUUUAUUACAAUAACUUUGUAAUUGUAAAAAAUAUGGACAAUUGUCAAACUAAUGUGUUCUUUUAAACAACUACAGUAAUGGUAACAUAAGCCAGCCAGUGGUGUUCUUGUUAUAUUUUUUGCUUUGAAAAUUUUUUGGAAGUUGUAGACAGCACCUUUUAAAUUAUUCACGCGAGUAAACAUCCGCAAUUAAUCCUAAUCAUUCCUAAUUCCACCGAUUAAAAAAAAAAUAAAUAAAUCAUUUGA